AUGGGCACUCCACCAAAACGUCGUAACACGGGCUCCAGUCGACGGAAUGUACCGAAUGAAUACGAUAUACCGGAUAAAGUGGAUUUCAAUUGCGCCUGGAAUGUGUACAUGCUCAAUAAGACGGCGUGCCUUCUUCACACUGUACCCAAUCCAAAGACAAAAAACUGUCGCGAUAAUCCGUACUGUCUCGGCCGACUGGGCCUCGAAAGAUGGGACAAGCUAUUGGCUUCCAUCAAAAAUGACAACAAAACGAAUUCGGAUUUAGAUCGGCGCGAUAUUGCAAAAGUACCGUGCGGUCUGGUGAACUUAGGCAACUCGUGUUACGUGAAUAGCUUCUUGCAGAUAUUUUUCAAUGAUCCAGUCUUCCGGAAAUGCAUCUACGAUUGGCGUCCGGUUGCGAAUUUUGCGAAACCAGAAAGAGAGAAAAUAAAUAUUGAAGACUUGAUGCAUUGUAUCCAGAAACUCUUCAUAACUUUGCAAAUUACGCCAUAUGAGGAUACGAGUGCAGAGGGACUUGUAAAACUGCUCCAGUUAGAUGGUAAUCAGCACGAUGCGCUGGAAUUUCAAAUUCUUUUCUUUGGAAAGCUAGAGAAAUUGCUCAGUUAUCACGAGGAAUGGAGGGAUGUACGCGAAACAAUUGUCAGGAGGUUGCCUGAUUACAAGUGCAGUGAGUGCGGGAAGACUGGUUCUACGCAGAAUCGCCUUGCCAUCAAAGAGCCCCCUCCUGUAUUAACCAUCCAACUGAAUCGGUUCACGUAUGACGCUACGGGGCGCAAGAAGAAGAUCCACUCAGCGCUGCAGUAUCCCCGAGUCCUGAAUCUGGGUGAUGCAAAAUACGACAUCUGCGCAGUGAUGAUUCAUGAAGGCCCGAAUGCCGAUUGCGGCCAUUAUUACGACCUCAUCAAGCAUCCAGGAACUGGGCAGUGGUUCACAUACAACGACGAGGUGGUGAAACCAUCGUCCACUCCUGGCGUAUGCAUCGAGAAAGAACGCAUUUCAAAAGUAACGGCCGAUAUGAAAGGAUGCUAUGCAUUGGUUUAU